AACAAAGUUUGAAUCCUGGGGACCUUACGUCAAGUGACGAAUUGUCAAAAUGCACUAGAGUCCACCACCUGAUAUUUUUUAAUCCACCUUGUGCUGGGCACAUCGUCAUUUGACAGUUGGGUGCCUACGCUUCAUACAAAGCGCACGACAACAUUCCUUCCCAUCUGCCAAACUCCAUCCAUCAUGGCUUCCACAGCCAAAUCUUUCACAUAUAAUUGUAGUCUAUUUUAUCAUCUUGAUCGCAGCAGUGUGCAUUGUUUAUCGUUCGAAUCGUUUGCCGGCAGGUGUUUAGUAGAAGUGAAAAUUUAGGUGGUUCUCGAUUUUUUGGAAAAAUGAGCGAGCCAGAGCUUGAAAACGACAACAACGAAGUCCGGGGUUGUUUCCGAUCUCGUUCCCGUAGUCCGCAGGCACGUCGUUUGUGGGUUCAGGACUUAUACCUGAACCGAAACGAAACCGGCAACCGGCUACUGACCGACAUCACGACAUCGGGUAUAUACGAGACGAUGAACCGAUUUUUAAGGAUGAAGAAGGAAGAUUUCUUCCAUUUACUGUCCCUUGUUGGUCCAAAAAUUGCGAAAAUGGACACAGAUUUCCGCAAAGCAAUCACGGAACAAGAAAGGCUGCUGAUAACAUUGCGGUGUCUGGCGACUGGAGAAACAUUUACCAGCCUCCAAUACGUGUUCCGGGUGUCGAGGCAUUCUAUCAGCAGAAUAGUUAAAGAAACGUGCGCAUGUCUUAUCGAGGCUUUGCGGGAUUAUGUCAAGCUACCCUCUACCGAAGAAAAAUGGCUUGCAAUCUCAAGACGAUUUGAGCAGCGAUGGAGAUUUCCUCACGCAAUAGGUGCAAUCGAUGGGAAGCACGUUGAAAUUAACUAA